UCUUGGAAAAAUUUCUCAGAAAAGAAAGAGAGCUCGGUUGCUCGCCCAGCGCGCGCUAAUGGCCGCGAUUGAAGAAGAUCGCGAGGUGGAGAUCAUCCUCAAAGCCAUCGGCCCCGGUCAACCCAGCAAGAUCACACUCCCCUCCAUCAUCAAGGCUUGCGAUUUGAGAAGAUUGGUCGCCGGCGAGCGUGGCCUCCCGGCGGACCGGCUCAAACUCGUCCUUCGAGGGAAGAUUCUUCACGACAAGAAGAAUGGCCGUGGUGAUGGUGAUGAUUUGCUCGUCAAGCUUGAUAACGGAGAUUCUCUCAUGGUUGCUGUUAUUCCGAAACCACCUGCUAAACAUCUUCAUGAGGAUGAUGAUGACGAAGAUGAUGACUUGAAGUUUAGGAUUCCAACAUCGGCGAGCCGGUGGAGGAGACGGCUUUUUUAUUUUCUCCGUGACAAACUGAGAGUGCCUGAUAUCCUGUUGAUGGCAAUUUUCUCUAUCAGUCUGAAGGCUUGGGCUUGUAUUGUUCUCUGGUUUUCAUUGGCACCUGUUGCUCACAGAUGGGAUCUAGGGCCUGUAUAUAUUCUUGGGACUGGGUUUCUGAUCAUAAUUCUAAAUCUUGGAAAGAGACAACAUGGUGAUUUGAGCGCAUAUUCGAUAUUCAAUGAAGAUUUUAUAGAGCUGCCUGGUACACUUAAUGCAGAUCGUCUUGACAGAGACAUCAGAGCUGGACAGCUUUGAGCCCAAUAGUGUGAUUUUGGAACUUUUCUAUGUGUAGCAUAUGCCCUGAAAGUAAGACUGUCUCUACUUGUAGAAAUUUAGCACACAAGAUCUCUUAUGUGGCCAACUGAUGAUUUUCUUAGUUUGAAAUUUGAAUGUAUUAUUAGUCCUCCUUUAAUUUUUA